GCCGUUAUGGCGCUAGGUAUUGUACCGUAGUGGGCCAUUGCAUUAGCUUAGGCGAUUAGGUACAUAAGGUAAUCGUCCGCAUUCCUAGCCGUUUCAUUACAAACAGGAGGACGAACAGGAGUAGCCAAUCAAGGCAGGAGUUAUAAACAUAUUGUACACAGAAAUGGCGGAAUAACCCCAACUACCCCACCAAGUUGAAGUUCUCCCAGUGCGCAACGCAACGGGGAAGAAUGAAAACGACAAACCAGAAUCAACCAUCACGUAACUCAUUACCUCGGCCUCAGUCCCGACCCGCUUUGCUCAUUUUCCGUCUAGCGGAUGCUUAACUUCUCUACUGCGGAUAAAAUAAUCUUUUCGUUCAUAAUAUUAUUGUUGUUUCUCUUAACGGCUACAUUUGCCAGAACGAAUUCCGAUCCCACUAUGGCGAUGCGCCGAAGUCCACCGCUGCUAUUCCCGGCUGCCGCCAAGCACACAGCUACUGUCAUUUUCAUCCACGGAUUGGGUGAUACCGGGUACGGAUGGGCAUCGGCAGUAGAGAACUGGAGACGGAGGCAGAGAUUGGAUGAGGUCAAAUUCAUCUUGCCCCAUGCCCCGCGCAUCCCGAUUACAGCUUCGGGCGGAAUGGCUAUGCCUGGGUGGUACGAUAUUUUUGCACUCACUGGCAGAAUAGAAGAUAUCAAACGACAUCAAGAUGAGAAUGGUGUCAUGCAGAGUAGAGAGUACUUCCACGGGCUGAUCCAAGCCGAGAUUGACUCUGGAAUACCUGCUAACCGCAUCGUACUCGGCGGGUUCUCACAAGGCGCGGCCAUGUCCCUCUUUGCUGGCUUGACGGCUAAGUACAAGUUAGCUGGCAUAGUCUCACUUUCGGGCUACCUACCCUUAGACUCAAAGCUUGAUGAUCUUCUCAAAGAGAACGAUCACAACCAUCAAACACCAAUCCUAAUGUGCCAUGGAGAUGAGGAUACAGUCGUACCGACGAACUUGGGCAAGAUGUCUUACGAAUCAUUGAAGAGCCGUGGUUUCGACGUUACAAUGAAAAUAUAUCCGGGGUUGCCUCAUUCAGCCUGUAUAGAGGAACUUGAUGAGGUUGAGUCUUUCUUGAAGGCUCGUCUUCCACCUCAAGACAACAAGAAGACGGAACUAUAAAUUCGAUAGGACUGGAGAAGCGGAUGCACAAUGCAAUAGAACUACAUUAGAGUUAGAGAGGCAGACUACUAUGGCACCAAUUAUACGAAGUGGUUCGUAUGACGUGCGAGUGUGGAUAGUGUCCGUUGCGUAUUGGACGAUAGAGAGGCUUUCCGGUACAAAUCAGAAUGGUUGGAAGCCAUCGUAUGAUUGUUAAUAUGAUUGGACGCCAGACUUUUUACCACUUAUACGCUAGGCUCGAGAUACAUGCGUUAGGUAGUCUACAGGUUACAGGUGAAUGUCUUAGAGUUCUAAGUUCAUCUGACACGCCGGACCUCGUUAGAGUUGCUAGUGAAAUUUACAAAAUUCAUCAUAAA